AUCAAAUUCCGGGUUCUGCAGAGAUAGAAGCGAAAGUCGCGUUAGUUUUGGAGAUCAAAUCCCUUGGACUCCGUUGUCAAAUUUUGAAGUUGAAUCUGUUGCCGUCUGGAUUGAACAUGGAGCAAACUUGACGCCAGAGAAUUUGAACUUGGGAAUCUGGGUUGAUUUCAAUUACAAAAGCGCCAUGCAUCUUUCCAAGUUAUCGAAAUACUUAAGCUUCACCGCGUCUCGCGAUUGGCUCUACCGCUACUCGUUCGGUAAAGCCGGCCUUCGUUCGAUCAAGACUGAUCUGGGCGAAGGCACCGUCAUGCACUGUUGGGUACCCAAAACCCACAAUGCGUCAAGGCCCAAUAUACUUCUGGUUCAUGGAUUGGUGCCAAUGCGAUGCGGCAAUACGGGAGCGGACGGAGUAGUUCCAGGGUCAAUCGGUGAUGAAACUGAUGGAGGCGCAAGGCGUAAGGAGAAUGAGCCUGAUAGGGAUAAGCUAUGGUGGGUUCGUAGGGUACAAUAUGGCGGCACAAUUCCAGAUAAAAUGGAGAAAUUGGUGUUGUGCUGCGCUGGGGUUUGCUUGGAAGAGAAGGAUUUGGAAGAUGGUUUCUUUAAUGUUUCGGAUCUGGAUGAGGCUUUGAGUAUAUUGUUGCCUCAGACGCCUGAGAAACUGAGGAACUUAAUGAAAUUUUCCUUCGUCAAGCCCAUGCACAAGUGGCUGCCAAGCUUUUUUCUCUCAGAUUUCAUUGAUGUAAUGUGUACAGAUUAUCUACAAGAGAAAAGAGAGCUGCUGGUGACCACACUAAAAGACAGAAAAAUCAGCAACAUUCCAAAGAGCACACAGAGCGAAUUAAUAAUAUGGGGUGAAGAAGAUAAGAUAUUCCCAUUGGAACUUGGCUACAGAUUAAAAAGGCAUGUGGGGGGAAAUGCAGAGAUUGUAGUGAUAAAGAACGCAGAGCAUGCAGUAAACUUAGAAAAGUCCAAGGAUUUCCUCAAGCACUUAAAAUAUUUCCUCUUUGAGUCUCAAUCACCCAACCCCCUCCCCUUUUUCCUAUUUUGGAUUCUAUAUGGUCUUAACUUUUUUUUUAUCAAAUCAACCCCAACUUUUAAUUUACACCUCAACAUGAAUCAUCUUUUCAUUUCAACCAUGGGUUUCUUUUUGCAUAUAUCUUUUGAAGAAAAGUAA